AUGCUCCACAAUACCACUCGAAAUCUGUGCGAAUCCCAAAUAUUGGAACUACAAAACUCGGAAGAGACGAAUUCUCUUAGAACACUUCUCUGGAGUUCGAUUUCCUUCCAUCACUUAAUGUUUUCAUCCUGUGAACAACGACUCUGUCCGUAUCAAACAGUCUAUAAUAACUCGGACAGUCGUGUAUAUAGCAACCAAUGUCCUCGAGAGUUCUUUUCUGCUUUUCCACAUCCGUUACCCGCCCAUGCUGGAUUUCGUUAUUUUCACUCAAAUGAUAACAGACGGGUAGCGAGUGGCGAAGCUCCCCCCAAUUUUGUCGGUUUUCCGCCUCCCUAUCUGUAUAUUGCUCCAACAGAGGCACCCGCCGAAUCAAGAAAAAGGGUAGAAGCAGCAGAGCCUGCUCCCUUGGAAAUGAUCAAGCGCAUUCAAAAGGACUGCAGUACUGGUCAUCAGUGUCAGUCGGGAACCGAUCAAAACCCUUUUGAAGUCGAAGAAGAUGCCGCUUCAUCCACAAUUGACUGGUCAAAGAGGAGAAUUUGGCCCGUGAUGGGGUUUGGGAAACUGGAUAUACGAGAUAAUGAAGAAAAGUAUAUUAUUAGUCUUGACAUUCCUGGGGUUACGAAGGAGUGCAUUGACGUCUCUUUAAGGCCAACGUGUAUCGUUGUGGAGUGUGUGCGGAAGCCUAUCCCCAUGACUGCGGGGAAAUACCAUUAUUGCGAGCGUCCUACUGGGAAGUUGGUACGAAGAAUUCAGUUGCCCUCCCAAGCCAACCCCGACGCGAUCUCAUGCAUUUAUAAAGAUGGUGUGCUAACCCUAACCGUUCAGAAGAUAAAAAAUGACUCGAAUGUAAUGAAAAUACCUGUGGAUUGA